GCACAUGAUGGACGACAACAGGCAGCUGGCGCUGCGCAUCGACGGCGCGCUGCAGGCGGCGGGCCAGGAGGUGACGGCGCUGCGCGCGGAGCUGGCGGCCACCGGGCGCCGCCUGGCCGAGCUGGGCAGCGAGCCGCCCAUGGAGCACGGCCCGCAAGCGCUGCUGCGAGAGGAGGUGGCCCAGCUGCAGGAGGAGGUGCACCUGCUCCGGCAAAUGAAGGAGAUGCUGACGAAGGAGCUGGAGGAGACGCAUGGCAGCAAAUCCCCCGAGGUGCUGUCGGCCACCGAGCUCAAGGUGCAGCUGGCGCAGAAGGAGCAGGAGCUGGCGCGGGCCAAGGAGGCUCUGCAGGCCAUGAAAGCCGACCGCAAGCGCUUGAAGGCGGAGAAGACGGACCUGGUGAGCCAAAUGCAGCAGCUCUACGCCACGCUGGAGAGCCGCGAGGAGCAGCUCCGCGACUUCAUCCGCAACUACGAGCAGCACCGGAAGGAGAGUGAGGAUGCAGUGAAAGCCCUGGCCAAGGAGAAGGACCUUCUGGAACGGGAGAAGUGGGAGCUGCGGAGGCAAGCCAAGGAGGCCACCGACCACGCCAGCGCCCUGCGCUCCCAGCUCGACCUCAAAGACAACCGCAUGAAGGAGCUGGAGGCCGAGCUGGCCAUGGCCAAGCAAUCCCUGGCCACGCUGACCAAGGACGUCCCCAAGCGCCAUUCCUUGGCCAUGCCGGGCGAGACGGUGCUGAAUGGCAACCAGGAGUGGGUGCUGCAGGCCGACCUACCACUCACUGCUGCCAUCCGGCAGAGCCAGCAGACCCUGUACCACUCCCACCCCGCACACUCGGCCGACCGGCAAGCAGUCCGGGUGAGCCCAUGCCACUCCCGGCAGCCCUCCAUCAUCUCCGACGCGUCAGCAGCAGAAGGUGACCGAUCGUCCACGCCGAGCGACAUCAACUCGCCGCGACACCGGACGCAUUCGCUCUGCAACGGGGACAGCCCCGGACCGGUACAGAAGAACUUGCACAACCCCAUUGUACAGUCUCUGGAAGACCUCGAGGACCAAAAACGGAAAAAGAAGAAGGAGAAGAUGGGCUUUGGCUCCAUCUCACGGGUGUUCGCCCGGGGCAAGCAGCGCAAAUCCCUCGACCCGGGGCUGUUUGACGGCACGGCCCCCGACUACUACAUCGAGGAGGACGCGGACUGGUGACCCCUCGCCCCCCACAGUGUACAGCCCCCACAUGUGCAUACCCAAGUCGCGUUGUAAUUUUGUCCCCACACCCCUCCUAUUUUGAUUUUAUUUUUUUAAGCAUUCCAGUAACUCUUCCUUUGUCGUCACUUCUUAUUAUUACUUUUCUUUUUCUUUUUUUUUUGUCGUUUGGGGGAUUUCUGUUUAUUCUGUUCAUUUUGUUUCGUUUUUCAUUCCCCAAACCUCCUCCUUUUCGACAAAACUUGAAACUUGAAGGACUGCUGUGUGUCUGUAAAUAACGGGAAUCUCGUGCACUUUGUGCUUGUGACGUCUCUUGUCCGAAACCGCUGUUCUUCUGGAGCCUGUCCUGCGGGGGGACCCCACCUCGGAGAAGGGGACCCCAACAUCUUCGGAGACCUUAAGGAAAGAAAAGAAAACAAAACGAAACCAAGAAAUGAAACCCACCCAAAUUGCAUUAUCCCCCGAGGAGGUGGCAGCACAACGGGCUCGUCGUAACGCCUUCUGGAAUCUGUGUUUUUCCCCUUCCCUUGUGUCGUUUUAAUUUAUUUGCACAAACCCAGAGAGGAGCUAUUCUAACUAAAUUAUUGCAGAAAUGUUGGGGUUUUUUCUUUUUUUUUUUUUUCUUUUUUUUUUAAUAUAUAUAUUCUUUUUCCACGUCGCUGGGGAGGGCUGGGGAGGAGGAAAGGGAUGGGGAACGGGGACGGCGUGGGAGCACUUAAAGCCUUGGAAGAACCCAGCGACCUCGGAGCUUCCCAAUGUGGAUUUGGGGUGCUCACCCUUUGCUGGCAUUAAAACCGGGGGGCACUGGGGGCCAAGGGAAAGCAACGUCCCUAUAUAGCAGUGCCAAUGUUGGGGGGACGCUUGGAAGCCGCGCUCCGCUUUAACGACGAGCUCGCAAACCUGUAUGCUUUAACGCUCAGCGGUAUCAUUGGAAGCUCUUAAGAGGGAAAAAAAAAAAAAAAAGAGUAUGAAGAUUUAUUUAAUAGUGCUAUAAUAGUGUCUUAUUUUUCUGAAUCCCGAGACGCGUGCCCCGUUUGAAUGGGGAAUAUUUUGUCUUAAGUGGCAGAAAUUCACUCCCGCGCUCUGCGUUCCCCCACGGGAUGCUGUGGGGAGGGCCGGGGAGGAAAAGCAGAACUUUUCUGCAGAAAAGCUGUUGUUUUUUGUUUGUUUUUUUUUUUAAUCCAUUGACUCUUUUUUUUUUUUUUUUUGGUCAUUUUGUUCCUUUUUCUCCUUGCAUUUCUUUCUUUUUUUUUUUUUUUUUUUUAAUAAUUUAAACUCUCCGCCGACGAAAGCAGACGAGCGAUCUCCCUUGGUAUCCAGUAGUUUCCUUUUGCAUUUCAGCCGUUUUUAUUUUGUAAAUUAGGAAAUCAUUCUAAAAAAAAAAAAAAAAAAAAAAAAAAAGCAAGAAAAAAACCGAGGAAAAAAAAAUUACUAAGAGGACAAUUUAUUUAAAAGAGAGAACUUCGGGAAAUAGGAUACGGAUUAUGGGUAACCUUAGAUUUAACUUUUUUUCCCCCCCCCCCAAUGAAGGGGGGGGAGGAUCCUUGAAGGCAUGGAUGCAAAUAUUACAAACAAACAAACAAAAAAAACUAUAAAAAAUCUAAAUAAAGCUUAUUUUAAAGUA